AUGGGACCACCAGAUGGUUAUCCGGCUAGUGAUGCAUGGAUUGGCCUAACAACCUAUGGUGACCGGCGACGUUAUUUCAUCGACGGUAAUGCCUGUCCAUUCCGGAAAUGGUAUCCUGGAAUUGAUCCAGAGAAUAGACCAAAAUCUGCACAUCGAAAUAAGAAUUGUACACUGAUUGAUUCGGAAGGUGAAUGGGAUGUGGAAGAUUGUAAUUUGAACGAUACAGUUAGGGCUUUUGUAUGCAAGAAAAGAGCUGGAUUCCGCAAAUGGCAACCACCAAAAAGGUUGCAUUUAUAG